GAUCGCAAGGCAGAUUAUUUUAUUAAUUUUUCUUUUGCAGAACGUUAAUGGUCGUUUUUAUUUAUGAUUAAUUUGUUUCCAGAUAAUCUUGGUCAAGAUAUUUAACUUAUUUCACGUUGGGUGUUUUUAAAUUGGUGAUAAAUGAUACCAGUUUACUUCGAUUUGUGUUGAACUGCAUUACUGCUGCUGUCUGUCGAAGGUGGUACUACGCUGUGCGCAUACCAUUUGAAGCAUCGCGAUGACGAGCUUGCGGAUGUGUGCUUCGCGGCUAGUGGCCGCCGGUGUACUGGUGCAAACCUGGAAAUCCCCUCGACCGACGAGUGUCUCGCUCUCCUACUUCCCCAAGCUGGACCUUGUAGACUAUUACAGGAAAAUGGGCUACCUAGCCAAAUACUUCCGCCGAUGUAUUGUGCGACGCAGACGCGUUCGUAUGCCAGCGGUCGUGGAUUCUUCGGACAAAUUGUUGAGAAUAUCCGGCAGGAGUUUUCAAAAAAUAAGGAAAUGAAGGAGAGUUUGAAAAAGUUUCGCGAAGAGGCUGAAAAGCUCGAGCAGUCCGACGCGCUACAACAAGCCCGAAAAAAAUUUCAAGCCAUCGAAGCAGAGACAAGUAAAGGUUCGGAAACACUGAAGAAAACUUUUGUCGGACUAAAAGACAAAUUGAGCGAGACAUUGGAGGAGGUUCAGAAAACCGAACUUGGCAAAAAAGCCGGUGAACUGUCCGGGAAAUUCGCCCAACAUGCUAAGGAUGCCGCGGAAACAGUGGCGAAAUCCGGAGAACAACUGGGCGGAGCGAAUGCUGUAAAAAGGAUCUCAAAGGGAGUACAAGAAAUCACCACAGAACUGGAACAGAAUAGUAUGGCCCGGCCUUACAAAUCUCCUGCCGCUUUACGAAAGCGUGCUGAUUUUGCUGUGAUGCCGGGAGCUGGUGCAACAGCCGAGCCCAAUAAAGUUUACGAUGCCAACACGGAAGCGACGGGGAUGGAAAUACACAAGGAUUCCAAGUGGUUUCAGAGCUGGGAAAGCUUUAAGAACGACAACGCCUACGUGCACAAACUGUUCGAGUAUAAGAUGAAGUACGACGAAAGUGAAAAUCCCAUUGUAAGAGCAUCGAGGGCUGUCACCGAUAAAGUUGCUGACAUAAUGGGUGGAUUGUUUAGCAAGACAGAAUUAUCGGAAGUUUUGACGGAAAUCCUCAAGAUAGACCCUACAUUCGACAAAGAAGAAUUUUUACGGCUGUGUCACAAUGAAAUUAUUCCGAAUCUCCUGGAAGCGAUCAUGCGAGGAGAUCUGGAAAUACUUCGCGACUGGUGCUACGAUGGCCCUUAUAAUAUUUUAGCGACUCCCAUAAAACAAGCUGCCAGUUUGGGGUACCAUUUUGACUCGAAAAUACUGGACAUAAGCAACGUUGACUUAGCAGCCGCAAAAAUGAUGGAGCAGGGACCGGUUCUCGUCAUAUCAUUUCAAGCUCAGUCCAUAAUGUGCGUUAAGGAUAAAAAUGGAGCUGUUGUUGAGGGUGAUCCGAACAAAGUGAUGCGAACAACGUAUGUUUGGGUGCUUUGCCGGGACCAAGCUGUCCUUGAUCCACGUGCUGCCUGGAGAUUGAUAGAUUUGUCUGCCAAUUCGGUAGAGCAGUGGCUGUAAAACGGAACAUCGGGAAUUUCUGGAUGGUUUACAGAAGGAAUGUGAUGUCAGUUCGGUACAAGUUGUGAAGGUUGUUAUUUUUGCUGUUGGGAUUGUUAAUGUGGUUUGAUUCAAGACACUUUUUAAUUCUACGUUUUAACAUUUAAUUAUCACACCCUUUUUGGACCGAAACAUAAGCUGCCGAAUGCGAAUUUGAAAGGCUAGAAGUACCAAAGAAACAAUUUGUUUGUUAACAUCUGCUCGACUAGGAACUAGGAACAAAAUUAAAACUUGAAGGCUGUGGAAAAAAUUAAUAAAGCAAACCAAAAGGCGAAA